AUGUGGGAAGUUGUAGAACAGGGAUAUUACAUUCCACACGAUGAUACUGGGAGGGAAAUACCCAAGGGACGUUGGAGUGAAAAUCAAAAACAAAGAUUUGUGCUAAACUCCAAAGCUAGAAAUGCACUCAUGUGUGCUCUAACUAAGGAAGAAUACACCAAAGUACACAGCUUCAAGAGUGCCAAACAAAUGUGGGAUACCCUAUCCAUAACUUAUGAGGGAUCCCUAGAGGUAAAACGUAACAAGCUAAGCUUGUUAGGUCGUAAGUAUCAACUCUUCGAGAUGGAAGAGAACGAAUUUAUCCAAACUAUGUUUGGAAGAUUUCAAACUAUUAUUAAUGAACACCCUUUUUUAGGUAGGACAUAUGAUAACUUUGAUCAUAUUGACAAAUUGCUUCAUAAUCUACCCAGGAAGUGGAGACCCCAAGUCACGGCACUGAGAGCAUCCAAAGAUCUUGAAAAGCUCUCACUGGAAGAACUAGUUGGACUACUCAAAGUCCAUGAGAUGGAGUGA